AUGUCAUGUUUCACGGUGAAGUCCAACAACCUGUUCCUCUAUGGCACCGGCCAGGGUACAAUCGUAGUCCUCGACGCCGGCAACGAUCUCACCAAUCCGACACCCUGCUUCCGCGACUGGAAACCUCUUGCCACCGUUACAUGCCCAGUCAACGCCGCCGACGGCAGUACCACCAUUCCCUUAGCAUGCUGCACAAGAGCAAAACAGCUCUACUACGGUGAGCUGCAAUUGUUCGGGGUCGUGAUCGAAGGCCGGACGUUGAGAAAACUACAUACCGAUCUAUACAAUUCCCAGCUGUUGGUGAAUCGGGAAGGCUACCAGGUUCAGUACUACAACAGCGGCUCGAGUUCAAAGGCUCUGGUGGUGGGGACCAGCAAGCUCUCCAAGCUGAACGACAUGUUCGGUUGGUGGGAGUACGGAGUGACGCCGCCGCCGAUCAAGACGGUGUGGAACCGUUACGAUCGGAUCAACGGGGAAGUGGUGGUCGAUUUCGAGAAGCUGAGGAGGCGAUUGGUGGAGCGGACUCAGGAGAAGUGGCGUGUUGAAUCGCUAUUGGUGCAGAAGGAGGAGGUUGUCAAGGAGAAGGACGUGUUGAUUGAAGGGAUGAAGAGGGAGAUUGAGGGGUUGAAAGCGAGGCUGGAGAGUGGUGGCGAGUUGGAGGAGAUUAGGGGUCGUUUGGUGACUAAAGAAAAACAAGUGGACUACUUGAAGACCAUCAUUACUGCAUUGAUUUCUAGAAAUAAGCUAUUUUCUUAUUUCGAAUAA